AGUAGAUUUGAGUUUUCUGUAUUGUUGUCACAGAACUUGCCCAGUGGGUUUUAAAUUUCCCCGAGCUUUGCUUUGACCCCAUAAAAUUACCUAAGUUUUAUUUAUUUGAUCAACUCUUCAGGUAAUAAGAGACUAUUAAGAAAUGCCGCCUAAAAAGCGCCUUUUCGGAGUGAACCAAAGGAAGGAGCCGAAGCCCACCGCUGACAGCGCUUCUUCUCCAGACAAGCAGGAUAGCCCAGAGUUAUCUGAGAAAAAGCACAGAGAGAAGGAUGCCAGGUUUGUGAGUCUAUGCAGAAGCCUCCAUAUUUCAGACCUGGUGUGUGAGCGAGCCUGGGCCCUCUGGAAAACUGUUCAGGAAUCCUUGGAUAAAGUCCCUGGAAGUCAGGAGAAGCUUUGGGGCGGCUGUUUGUUUGUUAUCGUCACAGACAUGGACACCUUCUGUUUUACUGUCACUCAAGUUUUAAAAGCUGUCAGUCUGAACUUAAAGCAGUUUUUAGAUGUGGUGAGACAGCUGGAUGUGAACCUUGACACCAUAACCACAAAGGUCAACUCUGCACUGACCCGGCUGGAGAAGAAGUACGACGUAAUGCUGGCUCUUUACCAAAGAUAUGAGAAGACUUGUAAGAGUAUCUUUGCCUCUACACCGGAUGGCAGGGAGCGGGAGACCAUGCGGAACUGCUGGACGCUGUUUCUGUUGGCAAAAGGAAGGGCCUUGCAGAUGGAGGAUGACCUGGUCAUAUCCUUCCAGCUGCUUCUUUGCACGUUGGAGUUAUUUAUCAAGCGCUGCCCUGCAGACCAGCUACAGCCUUUGUACCAAUCAGCCAUCAGUAAAGUUCAGAGCCCUCCGACACGAACAUCCCGUCGCAGCCAGAGCAAAGCCAAAUCCCGUCCUGCAGAACGAGAGCUUGAUAUGCAGCUUCUAGAAACUUUAUGCAAAGACAACGGAUGUAACAUGGAAGAGGUGAUGAACGUGUACCAGACCAGCUUUGUGGCUUUUCUGGACUCCAUGGAUAAUUUGAGAUCAACUGAUUUUCCUAACGUGGAUGAUAUCAACCAACAGUACGAAGAGCACUACCUGAAGAGCAGAGACAUCGACGGACGUCUGUUUUUUGACGGGGAUGAGAGUGUUCUUCCUCCGAAAGUCGAGAUAUCACAAGUGGAGAGAACUCCACAGAAGAACCAGCUGGAUGAAGACGGGCCGGUGGUUCCUCCUCAGACUCCCAUCAGAGGUUUGCUGAACUCUGUUCAGAUGCUAAAGGGAGAUCUUCCCUCCAACGGGGACCAACCCUCCACCACCCUGGCCACGUAUUUCAAAAACUGCACCGUGGACCCAACACAGGAUGUGAAAAAGCGUCUGGAGACGCUUGGACAGGCGUUCAGUCAGAGGUUUGGCGAGGCAGUGGGGCCUGGCUGUGUCGUGUACGGCAGGCAGAGAUUUGCCCUUGGUGUGAAGUUGUACUACAAAGUAAUGGAGGCCAUGCUGAAAUCGGAAGAGAAACGUCUGUCGGUGCAAAAUUUUAGUAAACUCCUCAAUGACUCCAUAUUUCACACAUCACUCCUGGCCUGUUCUCUGGAGGUGGUCAUGGCAACAUAUGAAGAGAGUAGCUUCAAGGACGGAGGAGGUGAACAAACGGGAACAAACGUUUGCUUUCCCUGGAUACUGAACGUCCUCAACCUCUUCGCAUUCGACUUCUACAAAGUGAUCGAGAGCUUUAUCAAGGCUGAGCCGACACUGAGCAAAGGCAUCAUCAAACAUCUGGAGACCUGUGAGAACCUCAUCAUGGAGAGGAUCGCCUGGCAGACGGGCUCACCUCUAUAUGAGCUGCUGAAGCAGGAGCAUGCGAGCUCAGCAGGGGAGCCAGUUGAGACCACAGCAAGCCUGAACCAGCCGCUGCAGCACAACCACACGGCCGCUGACCUAUACCUCUCCCCAACACGCCCAGGCUUGCGGGUUUUGCCCCCUGAAUCCCCGGCCACACCCCCUCAGCAGCCCGCUGCCUCUCAGUCCGCCCCCCAGGCUCCCUGCCAAGCUCCAAGGCAGCCGAAGUCCAACUCGCUCAGUCUUUUCUACAAAAAAUUGUACCGCCUGGCCUAUACAAGGCUAAAGACACUCUGCUCCUCUCUGCUGUCCUCUCACCCUGAGCUGGAGCCUAUAAUAUGGACCCUAUUCCAGUACACGUUACAGAACGAGUAUGAGCUGAUGAGAGACCGCCACCUGGACCAGCUGAUGAUGUCAGCCAUGUAUGCCAUAUGCAAAGUGAAGGGUGUCGAUCUGCGCUUCAAGUCCAUUGUCUCAGCUUACAAGAACAUGCCCAACACCAACCAGGAGACCUUUAAGAACGUGCUGAUUACUGAAGGCCACUACGACUCCAUCAUUGUCUUCUACAACCAAGUGUUCAUGCAGAAGUUGAAAACAAAUAUCCUGCAACAUGCGUCAACCAGGCCGCCUCCUAUCUCUCCCAUCCCUCAAAUACCCUGCAGCCCUUACAAGAUCCCCAGCUCUCCUCUGCGUGUGCCUGGGAGCAACAACAUCUACAUCUCCCCUUUAAAAAGCCGCCACAUGUCGCCGAUCCCUAUGACCCCUCGCUCUAGAAUGCUGGUGUCCAUCGGGGAAUCAUUCGGGGUGUCGAAUCGCUUCCAGAAGAUCAACCAGAUGGUAAACAGCAGCGAGCGCUCCAACAAGAGAAAUAUGGGUCCGGGAGCCACUCUGAAGCCUCUGAAGAAGCUGCGGUUCGACGUGGACUGGCAGGACGAAGCCGACAGCAGCAAACCUGGAGGAGAUUCCACCCUGAUACAGAAACUAACGGAGAUGAGCUCCACAUGGAGUCGCAUGAACGAGCAGAAGAAGGAGGACCCCGAAACGAGGGACGAGUCACAAUAGAGACAUCCAGGCUGACCUGCAUUAUUGUCUCAUGGCAAACACUACUGUUGGUUCACACAGAAAGUGGAAGACGCAAAGUUUCUCUGUAUAUUCAAUGACGUCUUUUAGUUAUUUAAAUUGCUCCAUAACCUGAAGAUACAAGAGAGCUUCUUCACUUUUUGUGUUUUUACUAAAUGAUUUUUAUUGGUUGGACUUUUAAGAGUUCAAAGAACAUUUAUUUGGUUUUUAGGAGUUUUAUUGGUUGUUUUUCAUUAAGGAGGUUAAUGUGUCCCCCUCUUGGAAAAGAUCGAUCAUGAUGCAACAUUUCUAGUGUUAAACAAUGUUUAUUUUUCACAGUUAUUAAGACCUCCAGGCAACUUCUGCAUCAGGAUCAUUUUUAGAUCAAAACAAUUGAGAUCAGUUUAACCUGAAAGUCUCUUAAAAUACAGUUUAGUUUUUUUUUUUUUUUUUUUAAAGGAGAUCUGGAGUCAACAAGUCAUCUCUAUCAUGUAUUUGUUCUGCCCAGGUACUGAAGCAGGUGGGUCCAAUCUGCACAGAUUAAACCAGACAAAGGACACAUGAAAUCUUUUUAUGUUGUGUAAAAUUUUUAUGCUUUUCUUUUUGUUGUUGGAAGAAAAGAUGUGCCUCGUAUGCAAACAUCUCCAAAUGGGUUUAAGUUAAAGUAUUUCUCAAAUUUCUCUUUUUUUUUGUCUUACACUUGUAAUUGAUUUUAACCUUAAAAGUAGCAAAGGAUCCUGAGGAAGGAGGAAAAGCAUUAUUGAUCAUGUUUAGAGAGCUUAGAGUAAAGGUUAAAUGUACGUUAUGUAAAGUUAAAUGUGUUUAUAGUUUUAUCUAUUUAGCAGGUUCCAUAUUGAUU